AUUUCUUGAUUGAAAUGUCUGGUUCUUGAUUUAGUCCCCUGCUCAUAGUGUUGAGUGGUGGGUUGAUUCUUCUGAGUUCUAAAAGGACGCAGUAUUUAGAUUCAACUUGUCUGCUUAACCGGGUAGUGGUUGUUCCCAUUGUGUCAUUAAAAGGCUGCUCUUCUCAUAUUAGUGGUUUUGACAAUGAUCCGAGCAAAGCAUCUCGGUAACUUAUCCCAGACUGCUAGGUCCAUAAUCUUUGGUGGACAAAGAUGUGCAGCAGAUGGAAGUUCAUGCACUUGCUCAGAUGACGAGACUUGUAUUUCUAGAAGGCCUCUGGGAGCAAACGUGCAACACUUGCAAGCUCCAUCCUCGUUGCUGUCUAAAGCUCCAGUAGCAGUAGGUUCACUGACGUCAGUUAAUUCAGUGAAAGAAGUGAAUGAUGGAAAAAAGGACAAUGGUUCUAUAUCCCCCAAAGCUGAAAGAGCAAACUCUGUUAGUUAUGCAGAGGACGUCGAUGCAAAUGUAUCACCUCCUAUAGCAGAACAGUUUGUUGUGGCAGGUAUGGCAGCCGUAGGUCUUCUAUCCGACUUAGUAAACUAUAGAAUCCCGAUGACAGAAGUGAGUGCAAUAGUCGCCUCACCUUCUAACUCUGUGUUGGAACGCACGAAGCAAGUUUCUAGUAUCAGACCUCCUAAUGUCAAAACAUCCAGAAAGGACAGAGUAUCCGCAAAGUCCUCUGCUGCUCCGGUAUAUGGUUCGAAAUGUACAAGUGUCCCUGAUGGAGCUAAAGGCAGGGCUGAUAAAUCAAGAGUGGAGGGGGUAGCCAAGGAGUCGAGAAAUUCAGUAGAAAGUCACGGACUCUCCUCUGAUCCCUGUGAUACGAUAAGGCCAAUUCCUCAAAAAUCAAGAUCUUAUUCAGGCCAGUUCACGCCAAACACUCAAAAGGUUGGCGAUAACAACUUGGACGGGUUUACUAGGCCAAUGAUACAGACUAAAGUUAUGACGGGAGCAGGCGCGGGCACUAGGCAGUUUUCGGUUGUUGAAAGUGUGUGUGGCAUUUUGCAUCAGUUGAAAUGGAGUCCUGCUUCAGAGGAAGCUCUUGAGAAGCUCAAUUGUGCGGUGGAUCCUUACCAGGCGAAUCAAAUACUUAAGCAACUUCAAGAUUAUAGAGUGGCUGUUGGAUUUUUCUACUGGCUAAAACAAAGACCUGGAUUCAAGCACGACGGGCACACAUAUACCACUAUGGUUGGCAUCCUUGGCCGUGCCAGAGAGUUUGGUGCCAUCAACAAAUUGCUCGGCCAGAUGAUCACUGAUGGCUGCAAGCCAAACAUUGUUACAUAUAAUCGUCUCAUUCACAGUUAUGGCAGAGCUAAUUACUUGAACGAAGCCAUGGGUGUUUUCAACCAGAUGCAGAAGGUGCGCUGUGUACCUGAUCGUGUGACUUACUGUACGCUCAUCGACAUCCAUGCGAAAUCAGGUUAUCUCGACGUUGCAAUUAAUUUGUACCAGCGGAUGCAAGAAGCUGGACUCUCUCCUGAUACAUUUACUUACAGUGUAAUCAUUAAUUGCCUGGGGAAAGCCGGCCAUUUGACUGCCGCCCACAAACUGUUCUGUGAGAUGGUUAGUCAGGGCUGUGUGCCUAACCUGGUGACCUAUAAUAUCAUGAUUGCUUUACACGCGAAAGCUAGAAAAUACCAGUGUUCGUUACAGCUUUAUCGUGACAUGAAGAGCGCUGGCUUUGAGCCCGACAAAGUGACUUACAGUAUCAUUAUGGAGGUUCUUGGCCAUUGUGGCCAUCUGGAUGAAGCUGAGGCAGUUUUCGUAGAGAUGAAAAGAAAGAACUGGAUCCCCGAUGAGCCCGUGUAUGGCCUUCUUGUCGACUUGUGGGGAAAAUCUGGCAAUGUUGAGAAGGCUUGGGAGUGGUACCAAGCCAUGCUUACCGCGGGAUUACGCCCUAAUGUUCCAACUUGCAAUUCUCUUCUCAGCGCUUUCCUCAGGGUUCACCGCCUCCGUGAUGCGUAUGACUUGCUUCAAAGCAUGGUGAGUUUGGGGCUGAAUCCUUCUCUGCAGACCUACACUCUCCUCCUCAGUUGCUGUACGGAUGCCCAAACACCAUACGACAUGGCGUUUUGCUGUGACCUGAUGACCGCGUCUGGCCACCUGGCGCAUAAGUUCUUGCAUUCGUUGCCUACUCCAGGGCCGGAUGGCCAGAAUGUACGCGACCAUGUCAGCAACUUCCUCGAUAUGAUGAACAGCGAAGACAGGGAAAGUAAACGUGGACUUGUGGAUGCUGUGAUCGAUUUCUUCCACAAGACAGGGUUAAAGGAGGAAGCCGGCUUCGUGUGGGAGGUUGCAGCACAGAAGAAUAUCUAUCCGGAUGCGUUAAGGCAGAGGAGCUCGUGUUAUUGGCUCAUAAACCUCCAUGUUAUGUCUGAUGGCACUGCUGUGACUGCAUUGUCAAGAACACUAGCUUGGUUUCGCAAGGAAAUGCUCGCCUCUGGGGUCUGCCCUAGCCGGAUCGACAUUGUGACUGGUUGGGGGAGACGGAGCAGGGUGACAGGGGCCUCGAUGGUGAGGCAGGCUGUCCAAGAACUGCUCCACAUGUUCAGGUUUCCAUUCUUUACGGAAAAUGGUAACUCCGGGUGCUUUGUUGGGUGUGGAGAGCCUCUCAACCAAUGGCUGAUGCAGUCUUAUGUCGAGCGAAUGCAUCUGUUGUAGCGCAGCAGGGUUUGAUUUUCUGGUGCCCGGAGAAAUACAAGUUUUUUACUGCGUAGCUAAACUGGAUGGAUGUUUUUAUUUGGCCUAGUUACACCUCAAUCUUUGCCAACAUUGUAAUUAUAUUGAUUUGUGUAUAUGUAGUUGUUUGUGUUGCUUUUCUGGUUAGCUUUCUUUAAGGUCUUGAAUUUUGAUCGAAUUGCUGCAACUUCUUAGAUGAAGGUGUGGAGUUUUUGUAAUUGUUCUUCCCCAGCUUCAAAAUUUGAUCCUCAUUUU